UUGAUCCUAAAAGAAGGAAACAAUUGUAUAUUAAUAAGUACAAGCAAGUCGUAUAAACAAACACACAAGUCUUUAUUUCUUGCAUUGCUCUGCGGUAUCCUAAGUUCAUCCAAUAAGGGUUUCAUUUUUUUGCUUCCAAAGGCCGAGUCGUUCUGCUUUCUUUCCAUUCUCCUGUUAUUGGUUCUUCGUUUCAUGGCUUCCAAAAGGAUUCUGAAGGAGCUCAAGGAUCUUCAGAAGGACCCUCCCACAUCAUGCAGUGCAGGUCCUGUGGCAGAGGAUAUGUUCCAUUGGCAAGCUACAAUUAUGGGGCCUCCAGAUAGUCCAUAUUCAGGGGGUGUGUUUUUGGUCACUAUUCAUUUCCCUCCAGAUUAUCCAUUCAAGCCCCCAAAGGUUGCAUUCCGCACAAAAGUUUACCAUCCUAAUAUCAAUAGCAAUGGUAGUAUCUGCCUUGACAUUCUGAAGGAACAGUGGAGUCCUGCAUUGACAAUAUCCAAGGUUUUACUUUCAAUAUGUUCUUUAUUGACCGACCCAAACCCAGAUGAUCCUCUUGUACCUGAGAUUGCUCACAUGUAUAAGACUGAUAAGGCAAAGUAUGAAGCAACUGCAAGAAACUGGACCCAAAAGUAUGCAAUGGGUUAGUCAUGAUAGAAGGAACAUCUCAGCUAUGAAACUUAGCUGGAUGGUUUUGCUUCGAGGAUAUGUUUACCUCUUGUAUGAAAUGUUAUUGUGAGCUUGGUUUUUUCCAAACUUACUUAGAGUGGCCACCCUGGAAUGUGCUUCUUUGGGACAAGUAUUAGGCAUUAUAUUCUUUUUUUGGAAUUGAAUCUGCAUUCCUAGGGAAUGAUGGUAAACUAUCAGUUGCUAUUUAAUUGCUUCCGAAUUAUUAAAAGGUGUCCAUAAUUGGCUUUUCUAACUUUAUGUGUUGGAAGUAAGUGCUAUGCAGUUCCAUUUUAUGA